UCUCUUUUAAAAGUCACUUUUCCUCUAUAAAGCAUGUGGGCGUUCAAGGUCAUCAGUGAAAAAUGAAUGUGAUUUUCGAUUAAAGAGAGAGCAGAGAGGCUGUUGGGAGUUUGGUGACGUGAACAGAAACUGUUGCCUUCGAGAUUUUCACAGCAGCAAUCAGCAGCUCGCACUUACCCUGCGCUACGAUGCCGCUAUUGAGAGAUCAGAAAAAAGAUGACAUCAAUGCUGUUUAUGAGCUGAAAGAGAAACUGGGAGAGGGCUCGUUCUCUGAGGUUCGAAUGGCUCAGCACAGAUGCACUCAGAAGGUAGUGGCUGUCAAGUGCAUCCGCAAGAGAGCGCUAAAGGGAAAAGAAUCCAUGCUGGAGAAUGAGAUUGCAGUAUUACGCAGAAUAAAUCAUGAAAAUAUUGUGUCUUUGGAGGAAACCUUUGAGACUCCUACUAAACUGUAUUUG